AUGGACUUUAUAAAAUCUUUCUUUCAGUUUGCUGAAUUUGAUGAUAUUUAUUGUAAAUAUUUCUUUGUUCAUGGACAAGACUGGGUGAUUACAUCUGGUUUAGAAGAAGGUAUUUCCCAGUUGACUAAAAAAAGUAGAGAUGAAAGACAACUAUUUAUUUGGAAUUUUCCACUUGAUAUCUCUUUUAAAACAACCAAUCCAUUUGGAUGGCCACAGUUGGUUAUUAGUGUAUAUGGCUUAGAUUCAUUAGGACACGAUGUUGUUCGAGGAUAUGGAGCUGUACAUGUACCUAUUACUGCAGGAUGUCAUUAUCGAAGAAUUCCCAUGUUUGUGCCUGAAUCAUCAUCACUUGUCCAGAAAUUUACUAGUUGGUUAAUAGGUCGACGACCUGAAUAUGUGGAUCCAAGAGUAGUUGCACAAGGAGAAGGAAGAGAUGUGACUAGAGUUCGUUCUCAAGGAUGUGUAACUGUACAGUUCAAUGUGAUUGUUAAAGAUAUGGCAAAAAUGGGUUACAACAAUGGUUCGAGGUAAUUUGUAUGAAGCAGAAUGAUAAAGCACAACAAAAUAAUAUUGUUGUGCUUUAUAUCAUAAAAGAUUAAAAUGAAAAAAAC